AAAGAAUUGGCAAAAAAGAGAAGAAAGAAAAAUAUCUUUAGAGUUGAAAGCUCAAGACCUUGGGCCCAAAUCCAGUCCAUAUAGAUUGACCGCCCCAUUCGUCAUUUUUGCAGCUUUGCUUUUUCUCAAUCCCUGCAUCAAUUCCGUACUUCUUCCAUAAUUCCUUUCCAAUCCCCACCCAGACGCUAAGCAGUUGAGACUUUACACAGAGUUGAGAGAGAGAGAGAGAGAGCUUCAAGUUUCAUCCAUGGCUGACCACUCUGAUGAUUUAGACGAACUCCUCGAUAGUGCCUUAGAUGACUUCCAGAAUCUCAACCUCAACAAACCCUCCCUUCAGAGAAGUAAAGAAUCUACAGAGAACAAGCAAGAACCACCUUCCUUGCCUGCUGGGGUUCAAGGACUUGGCAUGGGAUUACCUGAAAUAAGAACAAAGAAAAAGGGAAAACAAAAGGUUUCAGAGGAAUCCCAUGUUACUGAGGCUCUUGAUAAGCUCAGAGAGCAGACUAGAGAGGCUGUUAAGGGACUGGAAUCUGUGACAAGUACGAAACCUGGCGGAGAGGAUUUGGGUAAGGAUGUGGAAGAUUGGGUCAAGCAGUUCGAGGAACUUGCUGGGUCUCAGGACAUGGAAUCUAUUGUUGAGACCAUGAUGCAGCAGCUUUUGUCUAAGGAUAUUCUUCAUGAACCGAUGAAGGAAAUUGGAGAAAGAUAUCCAAAGUGGUUGAAAGAGCAUGAAGCGAGUUUGAGUAAAGAAGAACAUGAACGUUAUUUUCACCAGUACGAACUCAUAAAAGAUCUUAAUGAAGUCUACGAAAAGGAUUCUGGAAACUUCACCCGGAUUUUUGAGCUCAUGCAGAAAAUGCAAGAAUGUGGCCAACCACCUAAUGAUAUUGUGCAGGAGCUAGCUCCUGAUUUUGACCUAGCUAGUCUUGGACAACUGUCUCCAGAGAUGCUAGAGUCUACAAAUUGUUGUAUAAUGUGAGAGCAACCGUCUUUCCUCCGUGCUAAUUUCAUAUCCCCAUAGCUGUUAUCCCCUGGGCGCACACAGAUGUUUGUUUAUCAAAAUUUGUGAAAAUAAAUUGGUUAUUGCCUGAAUUGCAUGCAGUUUUAUUAUUUCAGAUUCUUAUGAUUGUUUUUGCUGCCCA